UGCUGCUGCUAGCUCUACACUGCUAGCUGGUUCAGGUUUCGAUUCAGUAAUCAGACAGCCUCAAACCUUAGCUCAAGCAUGGUGCUAGAUCUGGAUUUGUUCCGCGCCGAUAAGGGCGGUGAUCCCGAAAAAGUCAAGGAGACGCAGAGGAAAAGGUUCAAAGAUGUCUCGUUGGUGGACAAACUGGUGCAGUCUGAUACAGAAUGGAGAAAAUGUCGCUUCACUGCAGACAACCUAAACAAGGCCAAGAACCUGUGCAGCAAGGCCAUCGGAGAAAAAAUGAAGAAAAAGGAGCCAGUGGGUGAGGAUGACUCGCUGCCGGAGGAGGCCCAGAAUCUAGAGGCCCUCACAGCUGACGUACUCUCGCCGUUGACGGUGACUCAGAUCAAGAAGGUGAGGCUGCUGGUGGAUGAGGCUGUGCAGAAGUCUGACAUCGACAGACUCAAGUUCGAAAACGAGCGCUUCGAGUACCUGCGAGAAAUCGGAAACAUCCUGCACCCCUCGGUGCCUAUCAGCAAUGAUGAGGAUGCAGAUAACAAGGUGGAGCGCACCUGGGGUGAGUGCGGCGGGCAGAAGAAGUAUUCCCACGUGGACCUGGUCGUCAUGGUAGAUGGAUUUGAUGGGGAUAAGGGAGCUGUGGUGGCGGGAAGCAGAGGCUACUUCCUCAAGGGGCCACUGGUGUUUUUGGAGCAGGCCCUGAUCAACUAUGCGCUGCGUAUCCUGUACAGUAAGAACUACACGAUGCUCUACACACCCUUCUUCAUGAGGAAAGAGGUCAUGCAGGAGGUGGCCCAGCUCAGCCAGUUCGACGAGGAGCUCUAUAAGGUGAUUGGCAAGGGGAGUGAGAAGGCGGACGACAGCUCGGUGGAUGAGAAGUACCUGAUCGCCACCUCGGAGCAGCCCAUCGCUGCCUUCCUGCGUGAUGAGUGGCUGAAGCCAGAGGAGCUGCCCAUCCGAUACGCCGGCCUGUCCACCUGCUUCAGGCAGGAAGUGGGCUCCCACGGACGAGACACCCGCGGCAUUUUCAGGGUGCACCAGUUCGAGAAGAUUGAGCAGUUUGUCUACGCCUCCCCUCAUGACGGCAAGUCCUGGGAGAUGUUUGACGAGAUGAUCGGCACAGCAGAGGAGUUCUACAAGUCUCUAGGAAUCCCCUACCGCAUCGUCAACAUCGUCUCAGGUGCCCUGAACCACGCCGCUAGUAAGAAGCUGGACCUGGAGGCUUGGUUUCCAGGCUCCCAGGCCUUCAGGGAACUGGUCUCCUGCUCCAACUGCACAGACUACCAGGCCCGCCGCCUGCGCAUCCGAUACGGACAGACCAAGAAAAUGAUGGACAAGGCUGAGUAUGUCCACAUGCUUAAUGCCACAAUGUGUGCAACAACUCGAGUCAUCUGCGCCAUCCUGGAAAACUACCAAACGGAAGAAGGCAUUGUCAUUCCAGAGCCCCUCCGUGCCUUCAUGCCUCCAGGACUGCACGAGAUCAUCAAGUUUGUGAAGCCGGCCCCUAUCGACCAGGAGGAGUCCAAGAAACAGAAGAAGCAGCAAGCUGGCGGUGGCAAGAAGAAGAAGCAGCAGCAUGCGGACGGAGAGCAGGGCCUGCAGAGCCAAGUAGAGAACAUGUCAGUCAACGACUCAUAGGCCCGCCUACUCUCCUCUCCCCUCUCUCAGCCAAUCCCCGCUCACUUCCUUCCAUUGAACUCCAUUACUCCACCAAUCCUGUUACUCGUUGUGGUCCUCUGUAUCAAGGCUGCUCUUUCACCCCACCCAACCCCACACCCAUACACACACACCCACCCAACCCCAAUCCCACACACACACACACACACACACACCUGUCAUCAUUCUCCUCCUUCCAUGCCAUUACGUCACUGACAUCACACCGCUGUCACUGAGGGGCAAGCGGUGUCUUUCCCAUGCGCUAUGAGGGAUGUUACGAGAUGCCUUUGCUCUGUCAGAUGAAGAGUCCCACAUCAGCCAAACUACACGGAACUGUAAGGUCGGCACAAAAUUUAAAUCUGUUAAUCUGCCAUCAUCACAUGGCAAGUGAAUGGGAUGAAAUGUUAUGUUUGUGAACAGUUGUGUUCCCUGUGACAUGGCACAUGGUUCUUUCUGUCCAGUGGCAUCGUCAGGGAAAUUACUUGUUAUCGAUGAGGCUUGUUCCUACAUGUCAUUAUUUCAUACACAUCAUUCAGGAGUCCUGAGACUGGAAUCUAUACUGUCAAACAUAUGGAAUAUAUAAUGUGCUGUGUAUGAAUUCGCACAAGUUCUCAUUCGGUUUGCUGAGCAUUACUUUACUGUGCUCACCUAAAACACGCUGAUUGGUGUACAGAAGGCCGGAAUGCUUCUGAAGAUUUAACCGACUUGAUCUAUUUCAUGCCUUCGUAGUACAGCCUCAGUUCCAGGUCACUCUUGUUCAUCUGCGUUUGCUCUGUACUGUACAUGCUGUCGCACCGUAUGCUGUCACUACGGUGACCUUGUAUGAAGUAUUAGAAUGGCACUUCAAAAUAAAAGCUAUCUCAAAGAUC